AUGGCAAAGAAGGAAAACGGCAGAAAUGUUAGGAAUCAAGAUGGAUCCGAGGUAUGUUAUGGUAAAAGUUUCCUAACUGCUGGAAAUGCAAGGAAUGGUGAUUUGGAUUCGAGCAAACAGAGGUUGAUGAGUACUGUGAAUAUGAAUAAGGAUGAAAAAGGUUUGACUGUUCGAAACGAAGCUUGUUUUCAGAACCCUUUACUUAGUGUAAAUUAUCCGACACGACCUACAGCUGAUCCUAGGAUAGCAAGCGUAAACAGUGACACAGCACCUCAUGUUGCUGCGCGAUCAAGAUGUCUGCCGGCUACUGUAUCUAGUUCUAUGGAGCAUCAUGAUAUUAAAGCGGAAGAUAAUAGCAGCUUAGCGCGUCCUACUGAUGUUUGUUUGCGGUCAACGGAUGGACGGUCGCAUACUAGUCCAAGUAGUCAUAGCAAUAUUGGUAGUAAAGUGAGUGGCAGCAGUGGUAACUUGGCUUUAAUGCCUGCAUGCCAACCAACCCGCAACUCUUCACUAGCUAUGAAUAGUCGGAACAUCAAUGUGGACAACAACAACAACGUCAAGGUUAAGGUGAAACCUCAUGUGUCUAUUAAUAGUGUGAUAGAUGUGAAUAAUAAAGGUGAUGGUAACGAAAGUGGAAUCACUGCAAGUAGUGCAGUUUGUUCGGUUGCUGUUACUAAUGUAGCUUCUUCGAGUACUUUAGAUCAAGACGAAAUUGGAUGUUUGAGUGUGGAGAAUGUAGGCGUCGGUGGCAAUAGCGUCAUCCAUAGUGAUGGCACUACUGAGAGGGCUAACAACAUUCAGUUCCCUAGGUGCAAUGAGGAGUCAUCUAGCUUUCAUGGACAUGCUGUUGUGUUGAAUAUGCAACAUGAGGAAUCGAGCAUGGAAUUGUCCACGUGUCGCACUCCACCAUCAUUGACUCGUACUACAAGUAUCGGGAUGAGCACUACCAACAGUGAUAAGACAGAAGAGGUUAAGUGCAUUCCUAGUAAGGUAAGCAAUGUUGAUUGGGUAGAGUUGGACACCGUGCAUGAGUCGAAUGGAUGUCAUGGGAAGAUGACUGCUACUUGUACAGCUGCGGCUACUAAUGAUAAUAGUAUUGAUAAUACUCCUGCGGAUAAUAGUGAUCGAAGGACAUCGAAAAACACUUAUCGACAUCGAAAUGAUCGUACAUUGCACUCACAUACUGCUACCCAAGGUGAGAAGCAUAAGAAACGACAUGAUGCUACCAUUACUAAGGAGCGUAAACUUCGCUCCCUUUCGGAUGCUGUGACCAGCAAUGGAGAUAGUAGUCAUCAGAAUCGUAGUAGUGGUAGCAACAUUGAAGAGACAGAAAGUGUGAGCAGUCCACCUAUAGUGACUAGUCGAUCUACUUCAUCGAAUGAACCCUCUAGUGUUUUGUUGUCAUCGAACCCUGCCGCAAAUGUUAGGUUGGUUGAAGAUGCACAAGGUUGUGCAACUGUAACUGUUCCUACUCCGGUUGACUGUCAGUCGAGUGAUGAUGAGAAGGAAGUGUCUGAUGGUAACAGUCAGUCUACAGUGUUGUAUGAUAACGAUGCUAUUGAUAUGCACAUGUCUUGUGUCUCUGAAACGGAACAUGAAGAACAACAAGUGAGUUCAUCUGUUUCGAACUGCGAUACUAAUGCUGUUCUUUCAUGUUGCGAGAUGAGUUAUACAACAAAGUAA